AUGGCUGAGCGUCACAAGGCAACAGUUCAACAAUUUGCACAAGCACUCAAUGCUCAUCAUGUUAAUGAUAUUGAUAAAUUUUUAGAACAUUAUGUUGAAAAAAUUGAACACUCCAAGUUCGCUUAUAAAAAUAUUGACGAAGCAAAAGAAUAUUAUUCAAAGGAGCAUGAAGCUCAUCCAUCGGCUGAAUGGAAAAUUCUUGAUUUUCAACAAGACGAUCCAUACAAUGAUACAUUAUCAGCUCGUGUUUUAUAUAAUAAUCAUAUAUACCAUACAAUUUAUACAUUUAGUUCAGCAGGAAAAAUUGAAAAAAUUCAUUCCGCUCAUGAACACCAUCACAAUACUCACUAA